AUGGCGGCCCAAAAGAACGAAUCGAAAUUAGCACCGCCCGGAAGGCUUCCAUUCCGUCAAAAAGAGAGUGGUCUCAAGCUUCUCUCCCUAGAUGGUGGAGGCGUCCGAGGCUUGUCAGAGUUAUGCAUCCUAGAACACCUCAUGAACUCUCUGAAAGAAGAGAUGAGCCUGCCACACUCCUAUGAGCUCAAGCCUUCCGAUGUCUUUGACAUGAUAUGUGGGACAAGCACUGGAGGUCUAAUCGCCAUCAUGCUUGGACGCCUUCAAAUGACAGUUACCGACUGCAUAGAGUCUUAUUCAAAACUUGCCGAGUCGGUUUUCGGCAGUCCACGGUCGAGACUCAGUCUCCAGGACGGCCGAUACGACUUCGCCAAACUCGAAAAAGCAAUAGACGAUAUCGUUCAUGAACAAAAGCAAGGUGAUGGAAUGUUGGAUACGAGACCAAACGCAUGCAAAGUCUUUGUAUGUGCUGUACCGGCUGCAACCAUGAACCGCGCCAGGAGACUCCGUACGUACGACGAGAGAAGUAUCGGCAUAUGCACAAUUCGGGAUGCCGCAAGGGCAACGACGGCGGCGCCCACUUUUUUCAAGGAAACAGAAAUAACAAUUCGCGCAGGGAUACGAGAAAGAUUUCUUGAUGGAGGAUUAGGUUACAACAAUCCUGUCUUUGAACUCUAUGAGGAAGCCAAGAGCGUGUUUCAAGGACGCCGGAUCGACUGCCUCGUUAGUAUUGGUAGUGGCUCUUCUUCACUCAGCCCUGUACCCCCCGCAACUCUCUUUCAAAGCAAGAUCCCGACAAACAUCAUGAAUGCCUGCAGAAAGAUUACCGUUCAAUGUGGACACAAUCACGAUCGAAUGGCUUCCCAGUUCGCCGAUUGCCCGGGUGUGUAUUUCAGAUUCAGCGUUGAUGUUGGCCUGGAGAGGAUUGCCCCAGAUGAAUGGAAAAGGCUGGGAGAUAUCCAAAGUGUGACACUCGAAUAUCUAGACGGCCCGGCAAUCAAACAACAGGUGCAUUCUGCCGCCAAAGCUCUGAAAGAGCCAUUGAAUGAACCAGUGAAUCCACCACCGAAGUCUGAUCCUCUACUUUCCUCAUCGAAUACUGUGUUCAAUUCUGCCAGUCAGAAUCGCGACACAGAAGGAAUGCGGAUCAUGUUUGAUCAGGAUGACCGAGCCCGGAUCCGGCGUCCUGAAUUCGCGACCCCGACAGUCGUUACUCGUGAGUCCUAA